AUGGGGGAAGAAGAGAAGCCUUUGUACUUCAUAAGAAAAACCAUGAACCCAGCGGAGAAGAACUACACUAGGAUUGAGCAAUUGAUACUAGCCCUAGUAUUUGCAACACAAAAACUUCGAACGUACUUCCAAACUCACAGAAUUCGAGUGCUUACGAAGUCUUCCAUAGAAUCAGUACUCGACAAUGCAGCGAGGUCGGGACGGAUCUCUAAAUGGAGUGCUCAAAUCAAACAGUUCGAUAUCUUCUAUGAGACGAGAACGGCAGUAAAGGCACAGGCAGUGGCCGACUUUCUGGCAGAUUUCCAUUUAGACGACGAGGACAAAAUUGAAGACAUCCCGGGCAUGGAAGAAGACCGAGAAGAUCCCUCCGACCUCCUUGAAACUUGCAUUCCAACGCGAUGGGAAGUCUUCGUCGACGGGUCAUCCAAUAAAGAUGGGUCGGGCCUAGGGCUAGUCUUCACCACACCAAAGGGGAAGAAGAUGGUUCACUCCUUUAGGAUUGAAUUUAAGGCAACAAAUAAUGUCACCGAGUACGAGGCCGUGAUACAUGCUUUACGGAUGAUAGUAGAAAUGGGGAUUCACGACAUAAGACUGGCGAGUGACUCUCAGCUAGUCAUUAGGCAGAUCAAUGGGAAGUAUGCUAUACAUGACCCAGUAAUGCAGAAGUAUUGGGAGAUCGCCCAAUUUUAUAUCGUCCAGAUACAAAACAUCAAGUUCCGACACAUCUGCAGAAAAGAUAAUCGACAUUCAGAUGCACUGGAAAACAUCGCCUCCAUGUUAACAGACUCGAGCAUUGAAGGCAUCAGAGUCAUGAGAAUCCCGAUGCCAUCUGUACCUGAGCCAGUAGACAAAAAAUCAUAUGUAACGGUAACUACAGCUGAUAAAUACGAAGACGGCGAUUGGCGAAAACCCAUUCACCAAUAUCUGGAGACGGGAGAGUUGCCUAAAGGACGACCCGAGAUCAACAAAAUCAAAAGCAAAGCAGCGGCAUACAAACUACGAGACGGUGUUCUGUAUAUGAAGUCCUACCUAUGGCCACUAUUAAGGUGCCUAAGCAAAGAAGAAGGGAACUCAAUAUUGAAUGAGCUACAUUAUGGGGCCGCGGGCAAUCACAGCUCGGUACGAAUCCUGGCACCCCGAGCUAAGACCAUGGGAUAUUUUUGUCCCUACAUGAACGAAGAUGCAAAGCACAUGGCAUUAAUUUGCGAUAAAUGCCAAAGGUUUGGAAAAAAGAUACAUGCGCCUGCAGUAACUAUGAACUCAGUGAUAAGUCCCUGGCCCUUUGCCAAGUGGGGGAUCAAUAUCGUAGGACCUUUACAUGUCAGGUCGGGGCAGGGAAAAUAUUUAAUCCUAGCUACUGACUACUUCACCAAAUUGGUGGAAGCUGCACCACUAAGGCACAUUCGGGAUAAGGACGUUUUUCACUUCAUCUGGGAACACAUUAUCUGUCGUUUUGUCGUGCCAGCGGCAAUCGUCUCGGACAGUGGAAACAACUCCAAGGCAAGAACAUUGGCCUAUUGUUUAACACCUACAACAUCCGCAAAACCAAGGCAACGCCCAUCUACCCGCAAAGUAAUUGGCAGGCCGAGAUCACGAACAAAACCAUAG